AUGUACCGGUCGCGUGGACUCGCCGAGAUGCACGCGGGCAUGGGCCGCCAGACGCUGGACUCGCUGUACCCGCAGGCGCGCAAGCUUCAGUUCGAACUAAAGAUGCAGAUGAGUUACAUGGAUUCGGGUCGUACAGGCGGCAAGACGGACGCUGAGUUACAAGCCGAGGCCCGCGGCAAUCUCAGUACAUUGGAGCAGAUUCUGUGGCAACUGGACUCGCUCGUCCAGACGAGCUCCAAACCUGCAGAGAAGGACACAUGGACCAAAAGGCUGCAGCAGUUGCGUAGCGAGACCCACGCUCUGGGCAGCACGCUGGAGCAACACAUCUACAGCGUUAACCGUCGCGCAGUGGAGGCGCGAGAGCGCGAGAGUCUCAUGAGCAGACGCAACGCGGGCUUCGACAGCGGCAAUGGAGCCAUGUACGCAGCGCAGGAGUCGGAGAGUCUCCAGCGGUCGUCCCAGAUGGUCUCAGACCUCACGAGUCUGUCGCAGUCCAUUCUGGGGGAUCUAGGCGAACAACGUAGUCGCAUGAAGGUGUGUAGUGUGUUUUGCGAAGAAGAAGAAGAAGAAGUAGGAGAUUGAUGAGGUUUUGUGUUUGUGCAGAAUGUGCGCACCAAAUUGCUGGAUAUUGCGAAUAGAUUAGGACUGUCGAGCUCUUUGCUGCGGGUGAUCGAGAGGAGAGAUACCGUGGACUUUUGGAUUGUCAUAGGAGGCAUGAUCUUCACGCUGGUCUUCCUCUACGUGUGCUAUUCGUACGCGACCCAGAGCUAGAAUGGCAUGGACUGGGUAAUGACAAAUUGUCAUUGACAAUGCACAAAAAAUCUCUAAAACGAGCUCUUUUUAUCAAAUGUUAACAGAGCGUGAGGCACAGAGAUUCAAUUUGAAAAACAACACGCGU